CAUGUUAAGCAGCUUCGUUAGGCUUUUGCGUGGGUUUCUGUAGUUGUUUCCUUUAUGCUCCAAGUUAGCGCGUCUGAAAUCGACCCUCUGCUUUUGGUAUUCCUUCCUCUGGCUGGCCCAUAGCUGACUUUGAAAUUUCUCUCCUAUUUACGACAGCGUCAAAGAAAAAUGACUCAGUUAAUAAACCCACUGUAGGUAUUCUCUUUAAUUCAUGAAUGCUCUAUUUAACCACAAAAAUUGGGAUAAAAGAACAUGGAACUAGAUAUUCCUCCAGUACUUUUACAACUGGUACUGAAGAAAAGAAAAGCCUUUAGAAAGCGUCGUUCUUGAACUCAAUCACUGAUGGGCACUUUGAAUUUGCUUGUCCUUCUUUCUUGUAUACUCGCAACCUUUCCCCUGACAAUUGCUCAAUUCUGUUCCAAUAAUAAUUUCACCGCAAACAGCACGUACGGCAUAAACCGCAACCUAAUUCUCUCUUCCCUCCCCUAUAAUGUCACCACAAACAGCACGUACGGUGGAUUUUACACCGCCACUGUCCCACAGCAAGACUCCGAGACUAUCUACGCUCUCGCACUCUGCAGGGGUGACCUUACGAACCAAAGUUGUUUUGAAUGUGUCAAUUCCUCGAUCCAGGCUAUAAUGACAAAAUGUUCAAACCAAAAAGAUGCGUAUGAUUUUGGAUCAACUUCUCAUUGUAUUGUCCGGUUCUCUAACAAGUCAUUUUUCGCAUCCGUGGACUGGCAACAGGCCCAAGUCGUGUAUGGGGGAAGCAUUAAAGGUGACACAGAUGAAUUGUAUAUAUAUGUGGCGCUGGUUGAUUUGGUCGAUAAGCUUAUAAGCAGGGCGGCUGAAGGUAAUUCUUCCCUUAAGUUUGCAACGGAUAAGAAGAAUUAUACCGAGUAUAAGAAUGUGUACGGACUAAUGCAGUGUGUCCCUGGCCUGUCAUCUGAUGAUUGUACCAGUUGUCUAAGGGCGGCGAAGGCAGUUUACACGGACGGUUUUCUUAGGACGAGAUUUGUGAAUGUUAUGACACCAAGCUGUAUUUUUCAGUAUGAUCUGUCCCCUUUUGUGGAAUCUUCAGUUGGUGAUGCACCGCCGCCCCCGCCCCCUCCACCGCCAGUUACUUUUGCUCCUCCUCCACCACCGCCAGGAAAGGAUGAUAAUACAACUCGAACAGUCAUCAUUAUUGUUGUUUCGACAAUAGGUUCUGUGAUAGGAUUCAUUGUCUGCGUUUGCAUCUUUCUAAGAAAGAGGAAGCAAAAGAAGAAUCCAAAACAAAAGGUUGAAGUUUUUGAAGCUGAGGAUCAAAUUGGCAUCCUGGGAUCUUUGCAAUAUGACUUUGAAACUAUUAGCAUUGCAACAAAUAACUUCUCCGAUGGUAAUAAGCUUGGACAAGGUGGAUUUGGUGCCGUUUACCAGGGUAGGCUUUUGAAUGGACAAGAAAUUGCAGUGAAGAGGCUGGCUAAGGAAUCUCAACAAGGAGAAAUAGAGUUUAAGAAUGAGGUUAUGCUAGUGGCCAAGCUUCAACACAGGAAUUUGGUUAGGUUGCUUGGUUUCUGCUUGGAAGGAACAGAAAGGCUUCUUAUCUAUGAGUUUGUGCCCCAGUCAAGCCUUGAUCACUUAAUAUUCAAUUCAAAUGGGCGCAAACUAUUGGGUUGGGAUAGACGUUACAAGAUCAUAGGAGGCGUUUCUCGGGGACUUCUCUAUCUUCAUGAAGAUUCACGACUAAGAAUCAUUCAUCGUGAUCUCAAAGCCAGUAACGUUCUCUUAGAUGAAGACAUGAAUCCCAAAAUUUCAGAUUUUGGCAUGGCAAGAUUGUUUGUGGUGGAUGAAACUCAAGGGAGUACAAAUAGAAUCGUGGGGACCUAUGGAUAUAUGGCUCCAGAGUAUGCGAUGCACGGGCAAUUCUCGGUCAAAUCAGAUGUCUUUAGCUUUGGUGUCUUAGUUCUUGAAAUUCUGAGUGGUCAGAAAAACAACUCUACACGUAAUGGCGAGAACGUAGAGGACCUUUUAAGCUACGCUUGGAAAACUUGGAGGGAAGGAACAGCCUCAAAUCUCAUAGACCCCACAUUGAGGGCUAAUUCGGGUUCCAUGCGGGAAAUGAUAAGAUGUAUUCACAUUGGAUUAUUGUGCGUCCAGGAAAAUGUUGCUGAUAGACCGACUAUGGCUUCAGUUGUUCUCAUGCUUAGUAGCUCCACCCUCAGCCUUCCGGUACCGUCAGAGCCAGCAUUUUUUCUUCGUAGUGGUAGCACCAAUUCAGAGCUACCAUUGCUUCAAGAACAUAGUUCUGAAUUGGCCGUGUCGGGUCAUUCAAUAAAUGAAGUAUCGAUAACUGAGUUGUAUCCUCGUUAAAUUCUCAAGAUGUGAUUUCAGCUAUAAUCAAAUUUGUUUGAACCAGGAUGUGAAUUUCAGCAAUAAGCAUAUCUGUUAAUUUCUAUAAAGCAAUGCUAUUUGAGUAAAUUGACGAUUGUAAUAUAGGUCUCCUGUUUGCUAGAAUUGCUUUGCCUUGGUGAUCCUUCUGGGUAAUCAUAGAAGAAUGAUGUUUCCACUC